UUCUGCCAAAGCAAUUGGCUGCUCAUAUGGUGGACCAAUGUAAUUGGAGUUUGAGAGAAAGACCCAGCUAAACCAGUCAUGUAAUUCCAAGUCAAACAAACUAUCCAAACCAAAACCAAAACAAAAUAAUCAUCAAAACUGUAGCAAAUUGGAAAAAAAAAAAAAAAAUUACACUGAAGGAAGAUAAUGGAGCGGGAAAGACUAACCGUCUGAUCAUUCCCUUUGUCUAUACCAUUUCCAAAUGGCCUGCGGUGCUUCAAGUACUGGACCUCUGUUCAACCUUGAGCUAGUAAAGACGCGCCCUCCAUUUCAUCAAUCUAAGAAGCUGCAAGCUUUUUCUGCAAAUACCCUCUUCAGCUCAGGCUUGUCUUCAACUUGUAACAGUCAUUGCAGCGCGAAAUAUGCCAUUUUCCCUUAUCUCAAUGGUCCUAGGCUCAGAUGCAGCAAAGGGUUCAGCGUCAAGGUUGGAGCUCAGGGAGAGAACUUACCAGGGGACGAAACUCAGUCGCUUGUUUCUGAAGCAAGUUACCAGGAACAAUUUUCUUGGUUUUCUGUAAUCUUCCCGUUUUUGUUUCCUGCUUUGGGAGGUUUGUUAUUCGGAUAUGAUAUUGGUGCCACCUCUGGUGCGGCAAUUUCAUUGCAGUCUCCUGAGCUAAGUGGCAUAAGUUGGUAUAACCUUUCUGCUGUUCAACUUGGUCUCGUGGUUAGUGGUUCCCUCUAUGGAGCUCUUCUUGGUUCCCUCCUUGUGUUCCCAAUUGCUGAUUUGCUUGGGAGGAGGAGAGAACUUAUCAUAGCAGCUGCACUAUACCUUCUUGGGGGUCUGAUAACUGCGUAUGCUCCUGGACUUGGUGUUCUCUUAGUAGGACGGCUUCUUUAUGGCCUUGGUAUUGGCUUGGCCAUGCAUGGGGCUCCUCUCUAUAUUGCAGAAACUUGUCCAUCUCAAAUUCGCGGAACUCUUGUAUCUUUGAAAGAGCUUUUUAUAGUUCUCGGAAUCUUGUUGGGCUAUUUUGUUGGAAGCUUUCAGAUUAAUGCCAUUGGUGGUUGGCGCUACAUGUAUGGAGUUAGUGCUCCUAUUGCUUUAUUAAUGGGACUAGGCAUGUGGCUUCUCCCACCAUCUCCUCGCUGGUUACUUCUCAGGGCAGUUCAAGGUAAAGGGAAUAUACAGGACCUCAAAGAGAAAGCCAGUCUUGCCCUGAGCAAACUGAGAGGUCGGCCUCCUGGUGACAAAGUCUCUGAGAGUCAAAUAGAAGAUACCUUAAUUUCAUUGAAGUCCGCAUAUGCAGAAUCUGAGGGUAGUUUCUGGGAGGUCUUUCAAGGCCCAGGUUUGAAAGCCUUCAUCAUUGGUGGAGGUUUGGUCUUUUUUCAACAGAUAACUGGGCAGCCAAGUGUGUUAUAUUAUGCAGGUCCAAUUCUGCAGAGUGCAGGAUUCUCUGCUGCCUCUGAUGCCACCCGAGUUUCAGUUGUAAUAGGUUUGUUCAAGUUAUUGAUGACAUGGAUAGCUGUCCUGAAAGUUGAUGAUCUUGGUAGAAGACCAUUGCUGAUUGGAGGUGUCAGUGGAAUUGCUCUUUCCUUGUUUCUUCUUUCUGCUUACUACAAAUUUCUUGGGGGGUUUCCACUUAUUGCAGUUGUCUCUUUGCUUCUCUAUGUCGGUUGCUACCAGAUUUCAUUUGGGCCUAUUAGUUGGCUUAUGGUGUCUGAAAUCUUUCCACUUCGCACAAGGGGAAGAGGAAUCAGCCUUGCAGUUCUUACUAACUUCGGUUCAAAUGCUAUUGUAACCUUUGCAUUCUCACCAUUAAAGGAGUUGCUGGGAGCAGAAAACCUUUUCCUCCUUUUCGGAGUUAUUGCUUUGAUAUCACUUCUGUUCACCGUGCUAGCUGUUCCAGAAACCAAAGGUUUGAGUUUGGAAGAAAUAGAAUCCAAAAUCUUGAAAUAAGUGAUGACUGAUAAAACAGAACAACCACCAUGAUGAACUUGCAACGUGAUUAUUUAUUGGUGAGUAUGUAACAUUGUAUGCCAGUGGGACCUUGAAGGGACAUUUAUAUGCCAUAUCGUCUUGGGUUCUGUUGUAUAACAGUCUAUAUUCUCUUUUCUCUUUCAAACUUAAGAUCAAGUUAAAACAAAAGAGUUGCCACUGUAAGUGGUGAGUAAUGAUAUUAGUGAGUAGCUAUUAACCAGUUUAUAAUUUACCUAGAGCUCAGGGGGUUCUCAGUGCAGAAGAGAAUUUACCAUGAUUAAGAUGUAAAUUUUACUUCUUGAAAUUGGUUCCAGAACCAGUUACAAACAAGAUAUAACUCUGGAGAUCCUUUUGUUGAUUGUAUUUAAUGUAAAAAAAUAGUUUUAAUAAUCUAUUCCUCUUUCUUCA